UUGCUUACCGUUGUAUUCGAGUACGUUCGUAAAAUUUGCCUGGCUUCAUAGCGGGAAAGAAAUAAGCUAUCACAGCAAUCGGAAACAAUCAACAUCAAUAAUGGGUGAUGAGAAGGAAACCGAGGUUGCCCCUGAGUCUCCAGACGUCCACUUUGAGCCCAUCGUCAAGUUGUCUCUGGUGGAGGCAAAGACCAUGGAGGAGGACGAGGACGUCGUGGUUUGCCUUCGAGCCAAACUUUUUCGGUAUGACCACGAAGCUGACCCCAAAGAGUGGAAGGAGAGGGGGACUGGAGAGUGCAAGAUUCUCAAACACAAACAGACGGGCCUGCGGAGAGUGCUCAUGCGCAGAGACAAGACGCUCAAAAUCUGUGCCAAUCAUUACAUCUACCCGUCCAUGGAGCUGAAGCCCAACUGUGGGAGUGAGCGAGCCUGGGUGUGGUCGACCACGGCCGACUUUGCUGAUGAAGAGGCCAAGGAAGAGGUCCUGGCCAUCAGAUUUGCCAAUGCUGAAAAUGCUCAGAAAUUUAAGGCUGCUUUUGACGAAUCGGCCGAGGAAAUGAGGAAGAUGUUGAAGACAAGAGAAAUCAUGGAGA